GCCGUUUUUACUGUUGAUAGACAUGGAAGGUAGUAGAGUCAUCAUCGACACAGUCGACAAUUUGCCACCAGCAUGAGAGUACGUUGGGCCGUGCUGGUCGUGUCGGCGGUGUCGGGGAGCCAACUCGACUCGUUCACGUUCGAACACAGCGAUGUGUUCAACACCCCCGAGGAGUUCCUCACCCAAGUGAUGACGGACCGCGCCACGAUCCUCUGGCCGUCUAAUUCCACGUCGCCGCCGUACCAGUGCGAGACGACGCUGUUGUGGGACUAUAAUCCCCCCGAAGGGUGCAUGGUGUGCUUGGAGCCUCCGACGCCUGUGGGUGUCUGCACGCCGUCGGGGCUUCAGAUGGCGUACCGCGAAGUCAUCAAGGUCAACACCAACAAGGUGCCGUGCACGGGGGACCCCGCGCGAGACACGAUUCCAGAGAUCGUGCCAUGCAAGCCGAUCGCGCGGCCGGGAUGCGUCUGGGCGACGUACGAAAUCACCAAUUGGGACCAAGGCGCGCUAGAACCGUACGGCCUCGUGGGGGCGACGAGUACGCAGGUCCUGGAGGACAACCCGACGCUGCCGUGCACGUUGGAGCCGACGCGGAACGUCAUCGUGGAGCGCCGAGUGGACUGCGUCUUCGACGUGUUCAGUGACUGGGGACCGUGCAACACGCAAACAAAUCGGCAAGACCGCGACGUUCGCAUCAAAAAGUGCCCCAGAGGGGGCGGCACCGCGUGCUUACACACCCGGGCCUGCACCACACCGACUAACGAGGCGUGUGUAGUGGGGCCAUGGGGACCGUGGUCGAGUUGCUCGUUGGGCAGUGAGACACGCACUCGAAGCGUGAUGACGCCUCGCAAAGGAACGGGGAAAGCCUGUCCGUCCAACCUGGUCGACAGCCGUCCGUGUGAUGCCAAGGACUGCAUCGUGUCGGCUUGGUCGCCGUUCGUUUGUGAUCCGGACACGUUCAUUCAAACGCGGACCCGAACGAUUUUGGUCCCUAGCACACUCGGCGGGGCGGCGUGUCCCCCACUCGUGGACUCGUCCUUCUGCCUCAAAGAAGACUGCCUCAUGAGUGCUUGGGCGUGCGAUCCCGCCAUUCAAACGUACAAUGACUCGUCAGCAAUCCCAACCGACCUGACGCUGCGCAAGCGGACUGUCCUCCGCCCGGCGCUCAACGGCGGGGCCCCCUGCGGUCCCCUUGUCGACGACGUCCCGUGCAACGCCGUGGACUGCAGGCUGAGCGACUUUGGCGACUGGGGCACUUGCGACGCGUCGACCGGCCUGCGAACUCGUCGGCGGUACGUCCUCACCCAGCCCAGCAACGGUGCCAAGCCCUGUGAUAACUUAACCGAGACCAAAAACUGCGACCCUGUGCCGUGCACGCUGACGGAUUGGAGCGCGUGGGGAACGUGCGACAUCGACCGGAAGGUCCGUACGCGGACGCGCCACGUGAUCCAGCCUAGUUUGUACGGCGGGGACAGCUGCGGGUCCACGGUGGAGACCACUCCGUGUGAGCCCAAGAACUGUGUCGUGACUCCGUGGACCGAGUGGAGUACAUGCGACUUAACAUAUCACUUGCGCACGCGAACUCGAGAGAUCACAGCGCAACCACAAGACGACGGGGAGCCGUGCCCAGACAACCUCGUCGAGACGGUGGCGUGCCCCCCUAAAGACUGCGUCGUGAGCGAGUGGAGUGAGUUCGGAGCAUGCGACGAUUCUCGUGGCACGCGGUUGCGGACACGCCAGAUCCAGAGCGCCGAGGAAAACGGCGGUGCCCAAUGUCCGGAACUGAAUGAGACGGCCGCGUGUUUGCCAGUGGACUGCACGGUCACGUCGUUUGGGGAGUUUUCCAUUUGCAUGAAUGGGGUUCGAACGCGGGUGCGGGAAGUCACUGGCCAGCCUCGCUACAACGGAAAACUCUGUCCAGACUUGACCGAAUCUGUGGCCUGUACCCCCCAAGAUUGCCAAUGGGGAACUUGGAGCUCGUGGGGCGAAUGCGAUACAGCUAAGCACUUGCAAACGCGCACGCGAACGAUCCAGAGCGGAACUCUCGACAACGGCAAGCCCUGUGUGGGGUCUUUCACCGACACCAAGCCGUGCGUUCCAGUGGACUGCGUGGUGAGCGGUUGGUCGGCCUUUUCGGCGUGCAAGGACAACCGACGUACCCGAACCCGGACGGUUCUCACGCCCCCCUCGAACGGCGGAGCCCCCUGUGACGCCCCCCUCACGGACGAAGACAUUUGCCGCCCACCACCGUGCUCUGUGGGGGCAUGGAGCGCGUAUUCACCUUGCACCAAUGGCCAGAAGUCUCGCUCCCGGCUAGUGUUGGAGAACUCCGGGGCUGCUGCAUGCCCGCCGUUGACCGACACGGUGUCGUGUACGCCUUGCAUACCCUCGUUUUUCGACGAUUGCACCCGACCUUGUGUCAUGGGGGAGUGGGGGGACUGGGAUGUGUGCCAAGCCGACGGAUUCCAAAUGCGCACUCGCAGCCGUGUCGGGCAGGCGGAGGACUGCCCCGAAGAUGUCGAGUUCCGUGCGUGUGCCCCUGUGGACUGCCAGCAAACGGGCUGGUCCGACUGGUUCUGCGACGGCACCUCGGCGCUGCGGACUCGAACGAUCACCCAGCAGCCUCUGUAUGGUGGCCACGAGUGUGAACCAGGCCACGUGGAAACAAAGCCCUGCACCGUCCUCCCCGUCUGCGAGUUAUCGCAGUGGAGUGACUGGUCCACCUGCGACUACACCACGCACGUUCAAACGUCCACCCGGUACGUCGUGACGUACGGUACCACCUGUGACGACGACGUCGUCCGGACGCAGCCGUGCCCCACCACAGACUGCGAAGUGGACGACUGGAGUGUGUUUGGGCCGUGCAAUGCCGUCACCGGAUUCCGGACGCGUACUCGGCAGGUCACAGUCCCCACGGUGGGAGACGGAGCGCCGUGUCCGGGCCUGACGGACCAGUUGCCGUGCGGAGGCGUGGACUGUCAAGUGUCCAAAUGGACGGACUUUGGGCCGUGCUUGAACCAGCAAAAGAAGCGCACCCGAACUCUGCUGCAGCCGCCGCUCUUCGGGGGUACGUCGUGCCUCCCGCUCGAAGAGACGGCGCCCUGCACGCCUGUCGACUGCGUGCUUACCGACUGGUCUAAUUGGACCGCGUGCUCCAACAACCUCCAAACACGCACCAGGCAGAUCGUGCAGGCCGCCCUCCAAAGCGGCGUCCCCUGUGGCAAGCUCGUCGACUCCCAGGCGUGUACGUCCACCGACUGCCAGCUGUCAGAAUGGUCGGCGUGGAGCCUCUGCGACGAAAAGACUGGCCUGCGGGUCGCCACCCGGUCGGUCCUCCGAGCCGCAGACGUCGGAGGAACGAUGUGCGACGACGCGAACCUGAUCAAAACCGACGCGUGCCUGCCCGUGAACUGUGUGUUGGGGGCGUAUUCGAGCUACUCGGACUGCGACCCCGUCACAUUUACUAGCGUUCGAACUCGGAAGGUGAUCACUGUCAACAAGUUCGGCGGGUUGCCGUGCGACGUGUUGCUGGAUCUGAAAAAGUGCGAACCAGUUGAUUGCAUACUGUCGGACUGGAGCGUCUCCCAGUGCAACUGCGCCACCAACACCAAAACCAAGGUCCGCCAGAUCUUACGCCCUGCCCGGUACGGGGGCCAAGCUUGUGGCGACUUGGAAGCGGAAGAAAGCUGUCCUCCUGUGCAGUGCGAAGUCACCUCUUUUGGAGAAUGGACUGGUUGUGACAAGGCAGCACUCAACCCGCAGGACGAGAAAUAUACGCGAACGAGGGUGAUUACUAGGGCACCCCAGAACUGCGGCGAGCCUUGUCCUGACUUGAUGGAGUCCAAACCGUGUGUGCCGGAGCCGUGCAUCGUCAGUCCUUGGUCCGAACUCUCUGACUGCGACUUGACGACACAUUUGAAAACUCAAACUCGCACCGUCGUGUCUGGUCCGUACUGGAAUGGCACCGCGUGUGGGUCGUUGGCUCGGACAGAGGCAUGCCCGGCGCGCAACUGCGUCCUCUCGACGUGGUCCGAAUGGUCGGACUGCGACUUGUCCGCCCAGCGAAAGACCCGGACGCGCAGUGUGGUGCUUCCAGCGGAGUACGGCGGCGCCCCCUGCGAGACCGACCUCGUUCAGUACCAAGACUGCAAGCCCGUAGACUGCCAACUCUCGGACUUUUCCGACUGGGUAUGCGACCCCACAACCCUCCAAAAGACCCGCAGCAGGUCGAUUCAAGUGGCACCCGCGUAUGGAGGCAACGCGUGUGGGGUGCUGACGGAGACGGCUGUGUGCGACGCUGUCAACUGCGUGCUCAGCGAGUGGAGCCCCCUGUCGGACUGCGACUGCUCCAAAAGCAUCCGAACCAAGACCCGCACGAUUGUCACGAGUCCGCUGUACAACGGCAGCCCGUGCCAACCCCUCACAGCCACGGUGCCCUGUCCGGCGGUGAACUGCGUCGUAUCCGAUUUUUCGUCGUGGUCGGGCUGCGACGCGCUCAAUUUCAACCCCAGCGCCGUGCAGAAACGGACUCGAUUGGUCACAACGCAGCCUGAGAAUUGUGGCAGGGAGUGUCCUUCGUUGGUCGAGACAAAGGCGUGCAAUCCACUGGACUGCCAAACGAGUGGCUGGUCGGCGUGGUCGGCCUGCGAUCUGACUACGCACCUGAAGACCCAAACCCGAAGCGUCACCCGCCAGCCCAUGUGGGGGGGCAAAGCCUGUGGUCCCCUCAGCCAGACCACCCCCUGCCCGGCGCAAGACUGCGUCAUGGCUCCGUGGAGCGCCUGGUCCUCGUGCAACCAAGCGACCGCCAAGCAGACCCGCGUCCGGACCAUCCAGACGCCUCCUAUCAACGGGGGGGUGCCGUGCGGACCCACGGAGGAAACCAAGGACUGCAAACCCGUCAACUGCAAGCUCAGCGACUUUGGGCCGUGGACAUGUGAUCCUACGACCAAAACGAAGUCGCGUUCCCGAUCCAUCGUCACCCCACCAGCCAACUUUGGGAUCCCCUGCGACAGUCUAGUGGAGUCGGCGCCCUGUGACAAGGUCAACUGCGAGGUCUCUGAGUGGACGCCUCUGUCGCCGUGCGACUGCUCCACCCAAGUGCGAACGCAGACGCGAAAGGUUCUUGUCGAGGCCAAGUAUGGAGGAAUCGAGUGUGGACCGACUGUGGCCACGGUUGCUUGCCCGACCGUGCACUGCGUCGUCAACGAGUGGUCGGCCUGGGUCGGCUGCAACGCCACGUCCCCCGUCCAGACUCGCGCUCGAACCGUUCGAAUCCCAGCGCAAAACUGCGGCUCCCAAUGCCCCGACCUGAGCCAAACCAAGCCGUGUACUCCGGUGCAUUGCCAGCUAAGCAGCUGGUCGGCGCCGUCAGUAUGCGAUCUUCUGACGCGAGUCAAAACCCAAACUCGAACUGUGCUGACCCCUCCCCAAUGGGGGGGAACUCCGUGUGAAGAAACGACUCGAACGAUCCCUUGUCCGGCCCAAGACUGCGUCAUGGAAGCGUGGUACACUUGGUCCGAGUGCGACCUUGCUGCUGGCGUAAAGACGAGGACUCGCAACGUGCUCACACCUCCAGCCAACGGGGGCAAAGCCUGUGGAGACUUGGUCGAAACCCAAGAGUGUAAGCCUGUGCACUGCCAAGUGUCGGAAUGGGGUGCUUAUUCGGCGUGUAAUCCGCUCACGGGUCUGCGCACUCGUUCCCGGACGAUCAACGUGGCGCCACUCAACGGCGGUCGGUCGUGCCCCGGCCUCACCGAGAACCAGGGGUGCGAGCCCGUGGAUUGCCAGUUGAGCGAAUGGACGACCGGCGACUGCGACGUGACGACCCAACUCAAGCCAAAGUCGCGCACCAUCGUCGUAUCUCCGCUGUACAAUGGCAAGCCAUGUGACACCUUGAUCGCGUACGACUCUUGUCCCCCGGUGCACUGCCAGCAGUCUUCCUACACAGAGUGGUCCAAGUGCGACUACACCAGUCGACUGCAAUCGCGCACCAGGACCAUCACCGUCUCCCCGCAGAACGGCGGGGCCCCCUGCGGCCCCGGCAUUGAUACCCGCCGGUGCGACCCUGUGGACUGCGUCAUCACAUCGUACGCUUUCGGCGCGUGCGAUCCGGCGACGGGCAACAAGAAGGGGCUCGCCCAAGUGGUGACGGAGCCCCAGUUUGGAGGCACCCCCUGUCCGUCCCUGGUGAAGUCGGUGCCGUGUGAACCUGUGGAUUGUGUCUUGGGUCCGUGGUCCGUCUAUUCAGAGUGCAGCUUGAGCACCCAACUGCAGACGCGCACCCGCGCCGUCCUGACGCCUGCCCAAUAUGGAGGCAAGCCGUGCGAGGCUACCGUCGACACCCUCGAGUGCAAGCGUCAGAACUGCAAACUCAGUGCGUUUGGGGCGUGGAGUGCGUGCGACCCUGUGACCAACAUGAAGUCCCGCGUCCGGUCCGUUGAGGUCCCUGCCGCGAACGGCGGAGAGGCGUGUGCGAGUUUGGUGGAAUCGGCACUCUGCCCCCGCGUGGACUGCCAACUGGGGCUUUGGGGCGACUGGACGCAGUGCAACGCCAAGACGGGCACCCAGCAACGCUCCAGACAGACCCUCGUGCUGCCGGAAAAUGGAGGCAGCGCCUGCGACGAAACCACUCAGACCAAAGCGUGCGCCCCGGUCAACUGCCAAGUGUCUGCGUACUCUAGCUGGUCCGAGUGCAACAUCUCAACGAACGUCCGCUCUCGUACGCGGACGGUGCUGACUCCGCCGCUGUACAACGGCACCCCCUGCCCAGUUCUGCAAGAAACCACUCCCUGUCCCCCCGUCGACUGCCUCGUCAGUCCGUUCGGGUCGUUCACCGCUUGCUGCUUGGAGACCCGCAAGAAGACUCGCAGCCGGGUGGUCACUCAACCCCCUCUCAACGGAGGCAAGCUCUGUCCUGACCUGGUCGAAACCGUCGCGUGCUCCCCGGUCAACUGCGUCGUCACCGACUGGAGUGCGUGGUCCACGUGCAAUCCGACCGACGGCACCAAGGCCGUGAGCACCCGGACGCGGUCGGUUCAAACGCCACCCGAAAACGGCGGCACCCCUUGCCCGGGUCUGUCAGAAUCCCAGCCUUGCAACCCCAUCGAUUGCCAAGUCAGCUUCUGGUCGGCGUUCUCGACAUGCGAUGCCAAUACCCAGCUGGUAACCCGAACCCGGACAGUCACCCGGCAGUCGUCUGAUGGAGGAGUUGCCUGUCCGGCCCUGUCUGAAACCGCCCCUUGUGCCCCCGUCAACUGCAUCAUCAGCGACUGGAGCUCCUGGUCCUCGUGCGACCCCAACUCGUACUCGCGCACCCGCACGGCCACCGUGAUCACACCACCUCUGUACGGUGGCCGAGCGUGUCCCCCUCUCAUCCAAACCGAGCGGUGCCCUGCCGUCAACUGUGCCGUCAGCAACUGGGGCGACUGGAGCACCUGCGACGGCGCCGGCAAACGCAUCCGCACCCGCACUGUGGUCACGACCCCCGCCAACGGAGGGCUCCUCUGUCCGGGCCUCACGGAGACCAAGAGUUGCGACCCCGUGCACUGCCUUUUGGACUACUGGAGCAUCUGGUCGGAAUGCAACGCCGUCACUAGUCAGCGAACGCGCACUCGCAAAAUUCUCGUGGCGCCUCUCUACGGCGGCCACGCCUGCGACUCGCAGGUCGAAUCGACCCCUUGCUCCCCCGUGGACUGCCAACUGGGUCCGUUUACAGAGUGGGGUCAGUGCAACGACAGCAUCCGACAGCGGUCGCGCACCCGUCGGAUUCUCGUGGCGCCUCAGUACGGCGGAGCGGCGUGCGGGCCAACGACUGAAUCACAGCCGUGCCCAUCUUCCAACUGCGAGUUGAGUCCUUGGACGUCCUGGGGACUGUGCAAUGAAUACGGUGAUCAGACCCGCACUCGGUCCGUCCUCGUCGCCCCCCGGUAUGGAGGGGUGGCUUGCGGACCUCUCAAAGAGACGCAGAAGUGCCCGGCGGUCAACUGCCUGCUAGGGGUGUGGGGGGCGUGGAGUUCGUGCAACGGAUCCACCACCGCGACCAGCGUGCGGACUCGCAGCGUGCUCGUGCCUGCCACGUACGGGGGGAUCGCUUGCGGCGCGACGACUGAAACCCAGCCGUGCCCUGGCAUCGACUGCAAGCUGAGCGCGUGGAGUGCGUGGGGGGCGUGCGUCAAGGGCAACCAAACCCGCGUGCGCACGGUGGAAGUGGCGCCCACGGGGAACGGCGCCAAGUGCGGCUCUAAGACGGAAACCAAGAGCUGUGACCCCGUGGAUUGCGUGAUGAAUCCCCCGUCGCCCUGGGCCGCCUGCAACCCGCGCACCGGCACCAAGACCCGCAAGAUUACCGUCAAGACGUUCCCGUUAUACGGGGGCAAGGCGUGCCCGGCCACGACCGAGAGCGCCCCGUGCGACCCUGUGAACUGCGUCGUCAGCGACUGGACGGCAUGGAGCGUGUGUGCGUUCGGCAAGCAGUACCGCACGAGGUGCGCCACCCGACAGCCGGCGUACGGCGGCACCGCGUGCCCCAAGUUGCAAGAAGUGCAGGGUUGCUGCGUCUUGGCCGGCACGGUUGAAUUGUGGUCCCCGUUCUUCAAGAUCAACUAACCAAAAUAUACAUAUAUAUUCAUUCAUUCAUAUGUAAAUAAUCUGCUUUCGUCC